AUGCCAGCCUUCCCGCCGCCUCCCGUCAACACGAUUGACUGGUCCAAUGUGGGCUUCAAGGUUCGCGAAGUCAAUGGCCACAUUGAAGCCACCUACUCGGUGCACACAAAGCAAUGGACGCCCCUGCGCUUCGUCGAGUCGCCCUACAUGCGCAUCCACGGCAUGGCGCCCGCUCUAAACUACGGCCAGCAAGCCUACGAAGGCCUCAAGGCGUUCCGCACCCCCUCGGACGAGGCCAUCACUAUCUUCCGCCCCGAUCGCAACGCCCUGCGCAUGCAGCACUCGGCCGACGUCGUCUCCAUGCCCCGCGUGCCCGUCGACAUGUUCCUCGACGCCUGCCGCGCCGCCGUCGCCCUCAACGCCGAAUACGUGCCCCCCCACGAGACGGGCGCCGCCAUGUACAUCCGCCCCCAGAUCUAUGGGUCGAGCGCGCAGCUCGGUCUCAGCCCGCCCGAGGAGUACACAUUCUGCGUCUUUGUCAUCCCCACCGGCGUGUACCACGGCACACACCCCGUCAAGGCGCUCAUCCUCGAGGACUUUGACCGCGCGGCGCCCAACGGCACAGGCAACGCCAAGGUGGGCGGCAACUACGCCCCCGUCCUGCGGUGGAGCGACACGGCGCGCAGCGAGGGCUUUGGCAUUACCCUGCACCUGGACAGCGCGCAGCACGAGGAGGUGGACGAGUUCAGCACAAGUGGCUUCAUUGGUGCCAUUGUCGACGGCGAGGACGUCACCCUGGUCGUGCCGGACUCGAGCUGCAUCAUCGACAGCGUCACGAGCGAUUCCAUCCUGAAGAUUGGCGAGAGCUUUGGGUGGAAGGUCGAGAAGAGGAGUAUCAAGUACCCCGAGCUGUCACGCUUCUCCGAGGUCAUGGCCGCUGGAACGGCGGCCGCCCUCGUUCCCAUCCGCAGCAUCACGCGACGAGUUGUCAUUGGGCAGGGUCUGCCGAAAGACUCGCCGCGGGUGAGUGUUGAGGCCGAUGGCGCUGAGACAGUCACGUUCCUCAGCGAUGACCAGCAGGAAGCUGGUGCGAUCUGCUUGAAGCUGCUGAAUCAGCUCAAGGGUAUUCAGUUGGGUAAGUUGGGAGACCCUCUUGGAUGGAGGGUCGUCGUGAGCGAGAAGGAUGGCAAGGCGGUUCAGCCAGUUCAGGAGGAGGAAGGCAAGCGGACGCCCACAGUGGAUCAGAUGGAUUAG